AUGGCUGCUUUAUUCAACGAGUCACUGCGAAAGGUCAACGAGCAACAACCUCCAACUAUAAUUGAGGAAGACGAAACACCAAAGCGUGCAAAUCGGCCGCCAGAUUUGCAGGGAUUUUCCAUUCUCGACGAGAAGUGGAGGAGUAGCUGUUCGGAUGACUCGGACGAUUCGCUUCCCGUGGGAAGUUAUAUUAGUACAGCUGAAAAACCACUGAGAUUUUGCAAAUCCGUGGACUUCCGGCCACUCCGAAGAGAGGCUCCAAAUUUGACGGGUGAUAGCUGCAGUACUCUGCCAAGUACUCCGGUCCACAAAAAGAAUCCACCGCUUCCGACGAUGUCGUCCGGUGGAUCACGCUUCAAGCAGAGUGAGAGCCCUAUAAACAUGCUGAUAACUCAUCGGGAAAUGAAAUGUGAUAUGAAAAGUGAACCAUCUUUGAAGGUGGUUCCAGUUGAAACACGGGACCCGUACUUCAGUCCCAAUGGAAAGCACGCCAUUGCCAAGCCGACCGCCGCGAUCAAAAAAGAAGAAAUUGUGAAUCGAAGUAGUAGAUCCUUAUCAGACAUUCAUCCAUCAUCAUCCCCAUCAGUUGUUCAACCGACUUCUGGCAUCCCAGUUCAACAAAGGCCAGCUUCACAUCUAAUUGCUCCAAAUCCAAAACCAGUAUAUACAGUGCCAAAGGUGGCGCCAACGGCACAAGUCAAAGCGUCGACGAUCAUCCAACCAACGGUCAAUGGACAAGUCAAAGUGAGUUCUGAAACCCAAAUCAGCACUGGAGUGAUGGUCGCCGAAGCGAACCAAUCACGCAGGACGAAAAGUGUCGCUGCCAGCCCGCCUGCUCACAAUGUGCUCAAUAUUGAUAACAAGAUCGAGCAAGCAAUGGACCUAGUCAAAACUCAUCUGAUGUUUGCCGUUCGCGAGGAAGUGGAUGGCUUGAGAGGAAAAAUUUUCGAUCUGGAAAAUCAUGUUAGACGAUUAGAAGCUGAAAAUUCAAUUUUAAAGCGAACAAUUCCCAAUGACACGCUAAAACAGCUACAUCUAAAGUUAUAAUAAUUUUAAUUCCAAUCAAAUGUAUGUACAUUGGUCGCAGUAGGCACUUGGUCCCUCCAAUUUCCGUUUUCACACUGGUGUAUCCCCAUCCAAAAACCCUUUCCUGUGUCUUUUCGUCCCUCGAUUGAUUCCUGAUUUGAUGCCAUCACUUCGAAGAUUUGUCUCUUCACUGGUCACUAUUUGAAUAUAUUACGAUUUGUUUUGCAAAGUAUAUCAAUAUAUGAACGUUUUGAUUUU